CUACGUAGCAAGAGUGGAAGUGUGAGACCAACAUGGCCACCUCUGCCGCAGUCUCCGUCGCCUCCGGCUCCUGGUGCAAUCCUCAAACCAGAUCGGUGUCUAAGCCGCAGUCCCCACCCAUGGCCUUCCUCUCUUCGCCUCAAAUUGGCCACAAAUCCCUCAUUCGCCCUCUCAGGUCCAACAAUGGCGUUUCUCCAGUGGGCCCCAGGCGAAAUAUGCCUGGACUGGUUGUGAAGGCAUCCGUGGACGGUAACGUCGAGGUCUUCACUAAAGAGUAUCUCGCAGUUUCUCUGGCCAAAUACGUCGCCGAUCUCUCCCAACAGUUUAUCCAAGACAGAGGCUACUUCACCGUCGUCUUGUCUGGCAACUCUGUCAAGUAUCUCAGGAAACUGGUGGAGCCUCCGUAUGUGAAUACAAUCCCAUGGUCCAAGUGGCAAAUUUUCUGGGUGGACGAGAGGGUGGUGCCCAAGACUCACGUUGACAGCAACUACAAGCUUGCUUAUGAUGGAUUCAUCUCCAAGGUGCCAAUUCCACCUUAUAAUGUGUACUCCAUUGAUGACGCUCUUCCGGCAGAAGGAGUAGCAGACGUGUACGAGACAACGCUGCGGCGUUUGGUGGCGGGGAACGUGAUAGCAUCGUCAACGCAGACUAAAUUCCCGAAGUUUGAUCUGAUAUUGCUGGACAUGGGGCCUGAUGGGCAAGUGGGUGCUCUGUUUCCAAAUCACCCGGUGGUGAACGAGAGCACGAAGUGGGUGACCUACGUGAAGGACGCCCCAAAACCACCGCCGGAGAGGAUAACCUUGACGUUGCCGGUGAUCAAUUCAGCUUCCAACAUAGCCAUGGUGGUCACCGGGGCUGGCAAGGCGGAUGCGGUUUACACGGCGAUCGAGAAAGAGGAGACUUAUCCAAAGCUUCCAGUUCAGAUGGUGUCGCCGGAGGGAGAGCUCAAGUGGUUCUUGGACAAGGGUGCUGCCUCAAAGCUGUACAAGUAGAAUGUUCAUGGAGAUGCAGGACCUUUUACCUAUGGCCUUCCGAUACGAGUGUGCGCGCUGCUUUCUUUAUGUUCGACUCCAAGCAAGUGUGAAACAAUGAGAUUUUUUUUUUUUUAAACCUAUGAUUAGUGCAAGUGGAUCCCGGAUAAUUUCAACCUACACAAGCGAUAACGAAUAAAAUUAUGAUUUCUUAAUUACCAUCUAA